UAAAAUCGCCACAACUUUUCUACACCAACCUACGUGUGCACUGGACCAGGUGCUCCUGACACGUACAGUGAAAACAAGCUACGUCACAGGUGUGUAGUGUCAACCUGUAGCAUACUUUUCCUCCCUGGUCGGGGAUAGACGUUGUUUUUGUCCAGGAUUGAACGAAAGAAACGGAUACUUGAUCGUGUGUUCCAGUACUAACGUUGUCAUAUUCUAUUCGUCAGGUCAGCCUUAGCUAUGGAGAACUAAACCAGGGUAAAUAAAAAACUUGAACUUGUAUACAAUGAAGGGCCUAACAAGGAACGAAUCAAACACCUGGCCAGGUCUAGUCAUCACCACAAGUCUCCUACUGCUCGCCAUCUCUUCCGCUGAGGGGGGAUGCACGUCUUCUACUGCUGAGGUUUGGGCUUAUGGUAACCCCAGUGUCGUCGUCUUCACUGACACGUACGAGAGGUUCGUCACUUCAGACAAAAGUGAAAAAUGUAAAUGGAUCAUCACAGCAGCCGACAGCAGUGAUGUGGUCAAGCUGACCUUUACGGAUUUCAACAUCAAAACCACGGAGAAAUCUAAAGAAGGGGACUGUGUGAUUAUUUAUAAUGGUGACUCCGAUGACGCCCCUGAGCUGGACACCCUGUGUGACAAGACACCCGGCUCCCCCUACACCAGCCACGGCAGGUCACUGCUUGUGGUCUACAAGAGAGGGGAGGUCGAAGGUGACAGGAAGUUCAGCAUGGAGGUCAAGUCAAAGGAAGUCAUGAGCAAAGAAAAAAUCAUCCGAAUAGCCGGCAUCAUCGGCGCCGUCCUGGCAGCGUUUGGUCUGACCUUCGUCAUCCUGAGGGCCACCCGCUGCUGUAGCUGUCUCAGGAAGAAGAGCACCAGCGACCCCGAGCGUAACAGCAGCGUCAGGGAAACCACACGCCUGACCAUCGUCUCCACAGAUGACCCUGAACCUGAGACCAUACAGCUACACAGCACCAACCUCCCGCAGAGCUCCGGCACUUCCUCAACACAAAACGGCACAACAGCGUCGGCUCCGGAUGGAGUUGAACCUGGCGCCACAGCAGAAAGUGACUCAGAUUCCCUGCCUGACGUUGAUGAGCCCCCGCCAUCGUACGAGUCUCUGUAUUUAAACGAACUCGGAGAGACGAUAACACCUCCAAAUUACUCGCCACCUAAGCAUCGGAGUAGACACCCACCUCGGAGAGUUCAUACCAUAAACUGAGAGACUGUAAACAAAUGAUUUAGUUAUAAAAUAAUUUCAAUGUUUCGCCAUGCUACUGGCCAAGUGAGAGAUCUUUGGUCGCACAUUUUUUGUGAAAUGUUUGUAUCAAUACAGGCUUGCUGACAAAGUUGGCUAUCAAGACAUAGCAUCAUAGCGCUGUUUAUCCACUUUUUAAACCUCACUAUGUUUAGCAUUGCCAAGUGGUUUAAAUUUUUAAAAUUAGUUAACUAUAAUUUUAAAAUUAGAUUUAAUUUAAACCACUGAACUUUUAUAUCUCUGGCUGUGCUGAUUGAGUGGAUGACCCUUGCCUGAAUGUUGACGUCCACAUACAUUUAGUCUGGUCAGUUUCCCCAGCAGUAGCAUAUCAAAUAUGAAAACAUAAUUUUAAAACUGUUUUUGUAAAUAAUUUUCUUUACACAUAAUCUGAACAUAAACCAUGUGUUUAUGGCAGUCAAAGACAGUUCUCGGCUGCAGGAAGUGAAGAAAUAUGUUACAGGCCAAAUCAGCAUUGUUCUUGUCUGAUCUUGCCAGAUUUUUGUUGAUUAGUUUGCCAGACUUAUAUUGUCUAGGUUACCAGUUGUACCUUGAAUUUAAAAAAUUGAUUAUCUAAAAUUCACCAUUUGUGCUUUUAAAAGCUUUACCAGGCCUUAAAGUAAUUCACAACCAUUCUAAAGUUGUUGAUAACUUUUUAAUUUAAAAAAUAUUGUUGCAUGUAAAAAAAUAUUUUCAAAUGUUGCCAUUUUACACUAGUUAUAAUUCUUACAUGCCUUAGAUUAUACAAGAAAUUUAAUGUUUACUGGUGUGUUUUAAGGUUGGUUUUAAAAACUGGGUAUGGUGCAAUGACAUUCCAUCUAGUUGUGAGAAUCUUUUGAUGUGUGUUCAGCAUAUGUUAUUCCACAAAGAGAGCCAUGGAGUAUGUCAAACUUUGUUGUGAGUGUUAAACAGUUUGUGUUAUGGAACUAGCUCAGUAUGUACUGAUCACUGAUGGUGGUGUUGUAUUUAUCUUUCACAUUUCGGAUUAGAAGUGUGUCAAUGUUUACAUAAGAAAAUAAAUUAAAUUUAAAAAAAAUGUUUUUUUUUUAAACUGACAUGACUACUCAUGUUUUAAAUUGUAAAAUAUAAAGUUUUUUUAAAUUGUACAUUUACCACUUAUCUCCCUUUUUUAAAUGGUUAGAACAUUGUACCAUGUUACCAUUUAUCUACCUGUGUUCAGUUUUGCAUUAUUUGUUUUGGUAGAAUUUUUUCAGAAAAUAAUUAUUUGGUUUGCUAAGAAAACUGAAUUUAGAAAUAUCUUGCUUUAGAAAAUGUUAAUUCAGAAAAAUUCAUUUAAAAAUUAUUCAACUGUAACUGUUCAAUUUUUGCUUUCUUGUUUUUGUAAAUUUUAA